GAUGGGGAUCUCCGGCAGCUCAAGCGGGAGUUGCUUCUGGCCUGGGACCCCGCGAGGUUGCAUGAGCUAGAUGAUGAUGCGGGAAACGAGCUUCGAGAUGAUGAAGACUAUGAUCAGUUGUUGGAUGCAGAGGAUGGGGAGGAAGAGGGUGGGGAGGAGCCGGUAGCUUGGGCAGCUCCUGCCUUGGAGCCCGAGAACGCAGACGAGGAGCAGGAGGAGGGAGGAAUUGAGGAAGAGGAGCCGCAGGAAGAGGAAAAUGAAGAAGAAGAGACACAGGAAGAGGCGGCGGUAGUGGAGAUGGGGGAGGAUGCAGGAGGGGAUGAAGCGGGCGGAGUAUGUGCUGAUGUUGAAAGGAAAGCAGGCGAAUUGGAGAUGGUCGAUGAUGCAAGGGGUGAAGCGGAUGAGGCACAUGAAGAGGAGGAGGGAAGGGAGGAAGUACUGAUCGUCCCCGAGACCCCGGCCGCUGCAGUUGGACAGCCUCGUUCAGAGCCUGACGGCAUCAUUGAGAUUGAGGCUACACCCUCCCCGAAGCGACUGAACGCUGCAGCUGUUGCAAGACAGGACUCCUGCCCGAAGAUUGAUGCACCACCCCCUACUCGAUUGCAAAUCUUGACCGCGAUGUAUGCAAAGCUGAAGACACUGGACUGCAUCACUCGAAGCGCCAUUCAUGUAACACACGUGCAUUGUUCUGCAGAAGACAUGUUGCGCUUCACAGAUAUGUCCUACAUAAGGAGAGAACAGCAGGCCCGAAAGGAUCGUGAGGCUGGUGUUGCCAUCUCCAAAGACUCCAAAGGCAUCUUGAUGGACAAUGUGGAAACGCAAACCUACGAUGCUGAUGGUACGGCUGAAGCCUUGACGACAAACUACAUGGAGAUCCAAGAUUCAGACGACGAGGGUCUUGGGGCGCCGGAGCCACUUCGGCCACCGCCUGUGGAGGAGCAAGGUCAGGUUGAGUUGCCACCCAAGGCAAGAGCCGAGGUGAAGCAGAUCUUGGCUGAGGACGCAAGUACAAAGCUUCAGAAGUACUUGGGUGAGGCCAAAGAUGGGGAGGAGAGGACCAUUGCUACUGAGGAUGUGAGUGGCAGCGGCACAGCAAGCAGCAGCAUUAAGGAUGAGACCGGCAUCAAGGAUAGCAGCAGCAAGGAAGACAAGCCGAAGACCAAAGGUAAAGGAAAAGGCAAAAAGGCCAAGAAUGGGAAGGCGAGGAGCACCGGUGAUGAGGGCGCAGCUAGCAGCAGUGCCGGACGGAAGCCGAAAACCAAAGGAAAAGGGACUGGGAAAAAGGCCGAGGAUGGUGAGGACAGGAGCGCCCUUGAUGAGGAACCUAGCAGUGGCAGCAAGCGCAAGGCACAAGCCCACGAGGAAGUUGCCUCGAAGCGCGGCAAGGUGAAGGCUGAUCGGCCGCCGGUGCCCACCUACAAGCACGCAGAGCUGUCGGUGUACUGGACUCGGGCGGGUGUAGGCGUAAAAUGCAAGCUUGGGGAAGACAAAGGGAAGCAGGCCAAACUUCUGGACGAUGCCGAGGCAUGUGUCACCCCGCCCCUGUUGGAGGCAAUGAACAG